AUGCUGCAAGGCCUAGAGCCGCCAAGGCAAGACGAAAACAAAAGCCCAAGACAAUGCCUGAAGGAAGGACACUGUAGAAGUUUGCAAAUUACAUUUUUUGCAUGCAAAAGAUCGAUGUUGGACGCCAGAGCAAGAUUCAGAGGAAGAAAGGGAUACUGAAGCCCUCAUGAAGAGAGCCAGCCAUGGGAAAUUGGGGUUUGUCAGCACUUUAUACAAAACAGAGACUAAAGAAAGAAGAUUGUGUUUGCAGCAUCCCUGUAUGCAGUGUUUUCAUGGAAGAUAUCUACUUCUGAAGAUUCUGAUAGAUUGAGCUGGAUGUGCAUUUUAAAUGUUAGAAAGAAAGCAGACACAAAACUGCAAGUUCUGGCCAAAAUAGGUACUUUUCAUGCACUUGUAAUAAAAUACUUAAAAUCCAAAAUAAGCUGCAGCAGUUAUUUUUGUGUUUUGAAGUGAAGUUGAAGUGAAGUUGUCAUUAGUGAUUUCUGAUAACCUUUUACUACUACAAAUAAUGCAAAAUUUUGGAAGUUGGGAGUUCACUGAACUAGUAUCUCAUAGGAUACCUUAGGACAGAGCUGUUGUUUCCUGACAGGAUGGGCUGACCAAGGCUAUGAAAUAUAUGUGCUAGCUGCUUCCUUCCCAAUGUGUUUAUUAGUCAAUAAACCUGCACUGGUAGAUGCAGGAGUGAUGUUUCUGCAGUCCCACAUGUGCAGGAUGGCAUCUCUUUCAUCUUGCUACAAAUUUCUUUUAAUAUGAUGAUUGAUGCAUGUGUUUAUUUUUACAGUCCAGUCUCGCUGGACAGCUAGAUUAAAAUUUGGGUUCUCGAAAGUAAAAGAUAUCUGAUUUAUCUUAUAGUAAUUUGUCUCUUCAUUGUAUCAACACAGGUGCAGGAGAACUAUAGCAUUAUUCUCUGCAAUAGCUUGAGAGCUGUAUGCCAGGAUUACCUGUAUGCUAAUUAUAUUUCUUUGGAUGGGGAGGGGAGGAAAGGAGGAGUCCCUCACAUGUGAACAGUUAAGGAGGCUAUGGUUGCUGUUGCUGAAUUUUAGAAGUAUCUACAACAGUAUUUAAGUUCCUCUGAGAUGAAUCUGCACCAAAUUUUUUGCUUUAUUUUCCAAGGAAGUAUAUAAAUAUUAAUCCAAACACAUGCACAGACUAGGGAUGAUGAUUUAGACUCUAUUGUGUUUAUUGGAAAUUGCAUUCCACAAAUUUACUUUGUAAUUUCUGAGUAUUUUUCUUAUUUUUACUUCGUCAAUUCUCUCUAAAUUCUUUGGUUUGUCUGUAUGGAUGUAAAAUGUUCAAAUUGCCAUUCAUAUUCACUAAAUUAUUAAAUACUUUUAAAAAUGUG